GAUAGAUGUUUCUAGGAGAAUUUUGUAAACGUGUAAGACAGUGUGCAAAUGACAUAGAUACAUAAUGUAUGGUGCUUUUGUUAUCAGUUUGUGGUUACUUCUGUUUUCUGUAUAUAUUUUACAUAUGUAAUCUUUAAUCUCGAAGUAAAAAGGAUUAACUUGGAAAAACGUUAUAUAUUUAUAUAUAGUACUUAUUUAUGAAUUUCUUUUAUAACUGUUUAUUAAUUACCAGAAAUGAAUCAAAUGUCCAGAGAAGAAAUUGAUAUCAGGCGACUUUUAACAAGAUGUGAAUUCAUGGCAAAAGAUGAUCCUCAUAAGGAUUGGAAGCUUGAAAAGUAAACCAUCUAAGGAUACCAUGAUGGGUUACAUUAAACGAAUAGAUUUCCUGAAGGGAUUAGUAAAUACAACUAAACUUACAAGUCCAGUAGAUAGAGUUGCAGCUGUACAAAUGUUACCAAAAAGUUCUACAACGUUUAAUGAUUCAAUAGGUCCAAAUAUAACAACCCAGAUACAUCAAAAAACUUCAGCAAAAUAUAAUAGAGAAUUGCGUGCUGAAUUAUUCCAUAGUGAUAAAGAAGAUGGUGUAAGACAAAGAUUAACUAGUACAAACAUGCAUGAUGAUGAUUUAGGUGCAAUUUUAAAAUACAAUAGAAAUAUUCAAGAAAAAAUUGCUGAGAAUAUGCUUUCUAUGACUAGUAGCAUAAAAGAGCAUGCUUUAGCAGCAAAUGCUAUUAUAAAAAAAGAUAUUGGCCUACUUGAAAAAUCUGAUAAAUUAACUGAUGUUAAUACAAGUAAAUUAAAAACAGAAUCACUAAAACUGCAAGAACAAACACAAUCAUAUUGGCGGUGCUGGAUGUGGGUGAUGAUUGCAUUUGUUUUAAUUGUAUUUUUCAAUAUGGUAUUAUUUAUAAAAGUUGCAAAGAAAAGUGUGUAAAUUUGUAAAUACAUUUAUAUGUAUAUCCACUACUGACUAGGGUACAUGAGAGGCUAUGUACAAAUGUGAAUAUCUUCAAUUCAAAUAAAAUCAUUAAUAUUGUUAUUCUUAUCAUAAGCAUAUCUGUAUAUAUUUUUCAUGAUGAAUUUUCAUCUAUGUGUAUAUGUGUUGACAAUAUGGUAAAUGAUAAUAAAAAUAUAAAAUUUUUAAUUUCCUCUA